AUGGCAUCACUCAGGACACUCAUAGAUACUCUAUGUCCACUCUGGGCCAAAGGUCCCACCCCUAAUGUUGUAUCUCCAUUCGGGGAUCAAUUUUUAGAUCUUCCGUUUUCUCGAGAAGAGCUUGAUUUUGCGAUUGACAAUUUAAAAACCAAAUCGAGUCCAGGGCCAGACGGUAUCGAUUAUAAAAUGAUCAUGGAACUGCCAGAGGAAGACUCCGUACAGGCGUGUAAAAGCAUUGAGUUGGUCAUGGAAAAGAUAUGUGUACACCUGGAACAAAUAGGUCUCGACCUAUCUGUCCCUAAAACAAAAUUAUGCGUUUUCUCUAAAAAAAGGAAAGACUUUGCAAACAGAGAUAAUUGGAAGGUUAAAGUAAAAGGCGCGGAUGUUUGGCACGAUGAGGCAGUUAAGUUUUUGGGGUUGUGGCUGCACUCAGAACUAAAAUGGAGUAAUCACAUUAAAGAAUUAGAGAAAAGGUGUCGUAAUGCAUCCAAGACUAUCAACUGCCUUAGAGGUACUUGGUGGGGUGCAGACCCCUCAUUGCUUCUACGAAUUUACAGAGCGUUGAUAAGAUCCAGGAUAGAGUACGGUGGUCUGGUUUUCUUCAAUCUGACUAAAUCAGACGGAAAAAGACUCGAUAGGAUUCAAGGCAAAUGUUUAAGAGCGGUGCUUGGGUACACUUCGUCUACUCCCCUUAAAAUCUGCCUCUGCGAGGCUGGGGAACUUCCCCUGCACCUGAGAUUCAAGCAAUUAGCCUACAACUUUCUGUCCAAGGCCUUCUCCAGGCAAAACCAUAAGGUCUUGAACACUCUUCAAGACAUUAUAGAUCAUGAAGACAACCCAGUCAUCAUUAAUAGAGAGGGAACUAUCCCGCUAGUGGAUGCGUUCCGCGAAGUCAGCCGUCACAGUCAUCUGAUCAACGCGUAUAGCAGCCCAACGUGCUAUGCUAUAGACUAUGAGUCAGUUUUCUUUCAUCCGAAUGUCUCUUUUAAGGAAGGAGAGGAAAUAGUUGACAUUAAUUGCAGAGAGAGGAACUGUCAGGAACUGUUUGGGGAAAUUUUUCAUGAAUACCUUGACGCUUGGACGUGUUACUUCACGGGUGGUUCUAAGUCUGAUAAAUCUCCCUUUGGUGGGUUUGCGGUGGUGGAACUCUCGGAAUCUAUUGAGUUAAAGUUUAGGGCCCCUAAGUUCGCUUCUAUCUUUACGCUGGAAGCUCUGGCUAUCUUUGAGGCUAUUAAUCUAAUUGGAAAAUCACGUUGGAAGUGCUCAGUAAUAUUUUCAGACUCGAGGAGUGUCUUACAAGCACUGGCUUCGGAUAGCAACCUCAAUAAUAAAUCAUACUUAGUAUUCUUAAUCAGAAAUCGAAUUAGGGAUUUGAUGUUGGCGGGCAAAAAUGUUAAAUUCACACUGUGGGAUAACUGUCGAGUAGCAAAAGAAGCCAUUCUUACUGGCCGAGACACCUCUUUAGGUCUACCUAGCUCUGAUCUUAACGCCGUGUGGAAAAAUAACAAUCGUAAAGAAUUCAUAGAAUGGUUUAGCUGCACGGAUCCGGACAAGGGUAUAUUUUAUACGAGCAAUUUUGCCUCUUUCAACCCAAAGCCUUGGUUCGAUAAAUUGAAGGUUAAUAGACGUACAAUCGUUUCCAUCAAUCGCUUGAGGAGUGGUCACACAUCUCUCAGAGCUAGUCUUUUUAAAUAUAAUAUAGUCCACUCUCCCACCUGCUUAUGCAGAGAGUACGAGGAGACUCCGAAUCACAUUUUCUUUCAGUGCAGUCGCUUUGACGAACCGAGACGAUCUUUCUUUAAGUCUUUACAGGAUGUUUUGGGUGUGGGUCCUUACUGUAUCGAAUCUCUACUUCAUUGCUUGAGCCACGAGAUCGUCAGAUUUUUAAAAAAUGCAAAAUAA